AUUGGAAGAACCAUCCUCCAUUGUGCAGCUGGAUUACAGCCAGAAGGUGCUGCUUGUCUCUACCUUGCAGAGAAGUCUGCUCUUCUACACAGAAGAAAAGUCUGUCAAACAGGUUGGAACUCAACCAAGGAAAAGUACUGGGAAAUUUGGUGCUUGUUUUAUACCAGGGCUGUGUAAGCAAAGUGAUCUCACCUUGUACGCGUCCCGGCCUGGACUCCGGCUAUGGAAGGCUGAUGUCUAUGGCACAGUCCAAGCUACAUUUAUCUUAAAGGAUGUCUUUGCUGGAGGGAUCACACCUCUUGAGCUCUACCCAAGGCUGGAAUCCUCCGAUAGAGGGGGUUGCGGCUCACCUGAGAAACACCUGGGACUCGUUUCAUGUUUCUUUCGAGAAGGCUGGGUGCUGAGCUGGAAUGAGUACAGUAUCUAUCUUCUGGACACCAUCAACCAGGCCACAAUUGCUGGUUUAGAAGGAUCUGGUGAUAUUGUGUCUGUUUCCUGCACAGAAAAUGAAAUCUUUUUCUUAAAGGGAGAUAGGAACAUUAUAAGAAUUUCGAGCAGGCCUGAAGGACUAGCAUCAAUAGUGAGAGAUGGUCCGGAGAUGUCGCGAUGUUCAGAGCAAGCACACGUACAGCGUCUGGAGAAGCCACUGGGGGCUGCAGUGUCUGAGACAAGACUUCCAGGCUCUUCUGUGGCGAGCUCUGUGGCCAGUGAGCCUCGGAGCAGGAGCAGCUCACUCAACUCCACUGACAGUGGUUCGGGGCUGCUGCCACCUGGGCUCCAGCAGGGCCCUGAGCUGUGCAAAAGCAACCAGCCCUCCUCACAGAGGUUCAGUGUAAUCAGCUCAGAAGAUUUUGACCAGGAACUCAUUGUGAAACCUAUCAAAGUAAAGAAGAAGAAGAAGAAGAGAAGGACAGAAGGUGGAAAUAAGAACACGUGUCACAGUUCCCUGGACUCAACCCCCUGCUCCGAAUUUCCUGCUGACAGCCCACAGUCUCUGCACACAGACCUGCUGUCCAUGACUUCCAGUGUUCUGGGCAGCAGCAUGGACCACCUGAGUACAGAGUCUCCCGACCAGGAGAGCACCUUCAGUGGGGAGGUGAAUGGUGUCUCACAGGAAAAUAAUGACCCUGAAGCAUUCAGUGUCCUGGAGGUUCCAGAAUGCGCCCCUGAUGUACUGCACGAAGAGGAGGACACUAGGCCUGAAAUUGCACAGCGUCUCCACACGUGUGAAGUGGGGCUGCUCAAUGGAGCCUGGCAUUCACUCUCGCCCCCAAGGGAGGGUGUGGCAGCCGGUGACAUUACAGGACUGGAAGGGGAUUUUGGUCCUGCAGAUGACAACACAGACCCCACACCGUUGCCAUUUGGAGACCAGAACAGCUCUGCCGAAGCGCACGAGGUAGAGAAGGUAGAGCCCAGUGAGCCCUACAGCACUUCCGAGGGCCCCCUCGUGGAUUUGCGCAUGGUGCCUUCUUGCCUCAGCUGGCUUCCAAGUGCUGGGCAGUGGCUCCCCGGGGCCCUGGCUGAUGGAGGCAGCACUGAGGAGGCAAACCAAGACCAGGAUGCCGUGGCUCAGAUGGGCACCUCCAGCCUCCUUGCCACAAAUUCCUGGCAUGCAGUUCCUGAUGAUGACGACAGCAACAAUGACAAUGACGACACAGCCCCAAAAGCACUGUCGGCUCUGGAAUGCCAAGUAGCGGGGAGUCAGCUGAGCCCUCUGACUCCUGCCUGGGUGGCUAGCUCCCACAAGGCCGGGCUGGAGCAGCCUUUCCAGGACCCGGCCUUGGCAUCCAGUGAUGAUGAAGACAUCUACGCGCAGGGACUCCCAUCGUCAUCCUCAGAGACAAGCGUGGCAGAGGUUGGGGCUAGUCACUCUCUGCAGGACCUGGGCCGGCCAGGUCCAGAUGACGCUGCACUGCUCAAGACAGACCAGUUUGCAGAGAGCUGGAUGGGCUACUCGGGUCCUGGCUAUGGCAUACUCAGCUUGGCGGUGUCCGAGAAGUAUAUUUGGUGCCUGGACUACAAAGGUGGCCUGUUCUGCAGUGCACUGCCUGGAGCUGGGCUGCGCUGGCAGAAGUUUGAAGAUGCUGUCCAGCAGGUGGCGGUCUCCCCUUCAGGUGCUCUCCUCUGGAAGAUUGAACAGAAAUCUAACCGUGCUUUCGCUUGCGGGAAAGUUACCAUCAAGGGGAAGCGACAUUGGUAUGAAGCCCUGCCUCAGGCAGUGUUUGUGGCCUUGAGUGACGACACAGCCUGGAUCAUCAGGACCAAUGGAGACCUGUACCUGCAGACAGGUCUCAGUGUGGAUCGCCCCUGUGCUCGAGCUGUGAAAGUCGACUGUCCAUACCCGCUCUCCCAGAUCACUGCCAGGAACAGUGUGGUAUGGGCACUCACAGAACAGAGGGCCCUCCUGUACCGGGAGGGCGUGAGCAGCUUCUGUCCUGAGGGGGAGCAGUGGAAGUGUGACAUCGUCAGUGAAAGGCAAGCUUUGGAGCCUGUCUGCAUUACCCUUGGGGACCAGCACACUCUGUGGGCCCUGGACAUCCACGGUAAGCUGUGGUUCAGAACUGGAGUGGUUCCAAAGAAGCCCCAAGGGGACGAUGACCACUGGUGGCAGGUGAGCAUCACAGACUAUGUGGUGUUCGACCAGUGCAGCUUAUUCCAGACCAUCAUCCAUGCCACCCACUCCGUGGCCACCGCAGCCCAAGUGCCUGUGGAAAAGGUAGCAGAUAAACUGCGCAUGGCAUUCUGGUCCCAGCAGCUUCAGUGCCAGCCCAGCCUGCUGGGGGUCAACAACAGCGGUGUUUGGAUCUCCUCAGGCAAGAAUGAAUUCCAUGUUGCCAGAGGAAGCCUUAUAGGGACUCACUGGGAAAACGUUGUUCCCCGGGGGACAGCUUCUGCAACAAAAUGGGCCUUCGUGUUGGCUUCCACUGCACCCUCCAAGGACGGAAGCUCCUUGUGGCUAUGCCAGAGCAGCAAGGACCUGUGCAGCGUCAGUGCCCAGAGCCCACAGUGCCGCCCCUCCACCGUGCAGCUGCCCCCCGACGCCGAGAUGAGGGCCUACGCUGCCUGCCAGGAUGCGCUGUGGGCCUUGGAUUACCUUGGCCAGGUGUUUAUCAGGACCCUGUCUAAGAGCUGCCCUACAGGCAUGCACUGGACGAAGCUGGACCUCUCCCAACUAGGAGCCAUCAAAUUGAUCAGCUUGGCAUGUGGAAACCAGCACAUCUGGGGGUGUGAUUCCAGGGGUGGAGUUUACUUCCGUGUGGGGACCCAGCCUCUGAAUCCCAGCCUGAUGCUUCCGGCCUGGAUCAUGAUUGAGCCACCUGUCCAGCCUGCUGGGGUCACCUUGGUCAGUGUCCACUGCAGCCCCAACGACCAGAUGCUCUGGGCACUUGACAGCAGAUGGAAUGUGCACGUCCGCACCGGAAUCACCGAGGAGAUGCCGGUGGGCACGGACUGGGAGCACGUGCCAGGGUUGCAGGCUUGCCAGCUGGCACUGAGCACCAGGACCGUGUGGGCCCGGUGUCCAAACGGUGACCUCGCCCGCCGCUAUGGCAUCACAGACAAAAAUCCUGCGGGGGACUACUGGAAGAAGAUUCCCGGAUGUGUGUCCUGUGUCACAGUGACCUCCUCGGAUGAGCUCUGGGCCGUGGGCCCGCCCGGCUACCUCCUCCAGAGGCUCACCAAGACCUUCCGCCACGCGCACGGCGCGCACAAGGGCGGCCCGGCAGCCGCGCCGCACCCGGAGGACCUGGAGGACGAGUGGGAGGUGAUCUGAGCGCCCGGCCGCGCCUGGGAGGGGAGCCGGCACAGCGGCCAGGACCCACCCCCACACAGCUUUCAUCCGCAUUUGUGUCCGUCUCACACCAGACUCAAGCCACAGCCACACGCCCGAGCUGCUGCCAAAGCUGCAGCACCUGGCGCCUGGGCCCGGCCACCUCCAGGGGGCCUGGCGCUGCCGCCCCACGGCACGCCCU